UGGGCAAGAGAGAGGGAAAGAAAGCCCGCCCCUUCUUCCUUCCUUCCUUCGAACUCAACUCCCUCGCACUCUCAACACGCCGAUUUCCGGUAAAACUCUCGGCCAUUCGUCGAUAAAGAGUCACGAACGGAGGAUCAAAAUGAUUAGGAAAUCAAAGAGGCUAACCAUGGGUGAACACAGAGGCGAUGAGCAACAUGAAAUUGAACAUAUAUGUGAUAUGGUCGAUUAUAUCAACAAUCUACCUGACUGUAUUGUUCACCAUAUCCUAUCAUUUAUGCCAACCAAAGAAGUUGUAAAGACAUCCAUAUUAUCAACAAGAUGGAAGAACCUCUGGGCUUCUGCCCCCACCAUCGAUUUUGAUGAUUUAUUGUUUUGUUCUGUCUCCGACAUCGAUUAUGAUGAUCUAUUUGUUUGUGAUAGAAAGGUUCAUGAUCGUCGUCAGCCUGAUGUUACUUCCUUCAUGAACUUUAUAGAAAGAGUCCUCCGAUUACGGGGUGUAUCGAAUAUCAUAAAGUUUCGUCUAACAUGUGUUAGUAGCUAUGAAGAAUCUCAAAUACAAAAUUCUCAAAUACAUUCAUGGAUUUCUGAUGCAAUCAUGCACAAUGUUCAGGAGCUUGAUCUGUCUCUCUUUCGAGAGGAUCCAUCUAUGAUUCCUUGGUCUAUUCUUGAUAGAACAUCAUUGGUUAGCCUGAAAAUAAGAUCAAAUUAUUAUGUUACUGAACUCCCAUCUUGCAUUUCUUUUCCAUGUCUGAAAACCCUGCACCUACUUUCUGUUGUGUUCCCGGAUGAUGAUCAUGCAGAAAAGCUUCUGUUAGGCUGUCCAGUUCUAGAGGAGUUGGUUUUAUCACAUAACUGGAUGAACUUGAACAACAUCGUCAUUUCCAAUUCCACCUUAAAGAGCUUGACCAUAGAAGAUAUUCUACACUUUCAGGAGGAUAUUCUACACUUUCAGGAGCCAUUGUAUGAUCCUACUAAUGUUUGUAAGAUCAAAAUCGAUGCAGAAAAUCUUACAUAUUUUGAAUAUAUCGGAUUUCUAUCAAACGAGAUUAUCUUGAGUAAUACAUCGUCCCUGGUCAACGCAUGCGUUUACAUUCCUCCCGAGUGGAAAAAAGAAGUCACGGGUCGAGUUAUUGGUCUGCUCAAACAACUACAAUAUGUUGUUUCUUUGAAGUUAUGCAGGCGUACUUUGGAGUCUCUUGUAUUUGCAGAUAACAACCUGUUCCGUUUUCCGGUGUUUCCAAAUCUGAGCCAUUUAAUAUUGAGUAUGAAAAUUGGGAAGCAUACAUUUAGAGUAUUGAUGGAUUUGCUUUCCUUCUGUCCAGUUCUACAAUCUAUUUGUUUCUCUGAGGGAUUCAUGCGCGACAGGUACCUUGGUAUGAACUAUUCAAUUUGGUCAUUGAUACCUAAAUGCAUCUCCAAUUGCCUCAAGACAUUGACCUUCAAGAACUUUCAUGCGGAUAACUCAGAAAUAGGUUUCCUCAAAUGUGUUUUAAAGCAUGCAUGUGUUUUGGAGAGGAUGGACGUCUGGUGGUCAAAGACUCCGCGACCAGAUAUAAAGAAGAGAAUGGAGGCGAGGGUUGAAAUAGAAACAAUGAAAAGGAACUCUACAGCUUGUGUCAUCAAGUUCUCAUGACAUCUGAAGAGAACCAUGUGUACUUCCGUUUCCUUUUUAGUAUUUACAUAUGUAUGUUUCCUUUACAUCACUUAUGUUACAUAUUAGGCAAGUUUGUGAGGUUUUUCAUUCCAUCAUGAUCGUUUCAAUGUGAGGUUUCAUUGAGGUACUAUGAUUGGUGGAAGAAUUUAGAUAGGAAAGACUGCAGAAACUUUGAUUCGGAUCUUGAAAAUGGAUUUGAUGUUAUAUUUGCCCCAUCUUUUGUACUCUUAUAUUUUGAAAACCUAAACCUACUUGUGCUUGUCGAAA